AUGAGUAAUAAUAAUCGUAAACAUAAAUCUGAAUCAACAUCAGUGUAUUUAGGCAAUACACGUACACUAUCAAAUGAAUAUAUAAAUGAAUAUUGUUCAAAAUUUGGUCUUAUUCUUGAUUGUUCACGUCGUUUAUUAGCUCCGGAACAAGCUUCUCUAGUUGAUUUUACAUUUGUUCGUUUUUUGAAUGCUCAAUCAACUUUAAAAUUCCUUUCAACAUCUUCACAUACCCUUAAUAAUGGAAUAAAUCUUGAUGUGAGACCCUUUGACGAUAUUCUUCAUACAGCUGUUCCUUUGCAUGUUGAUCGAAAAAUUUGCAUAAAAGAUCUUCCAAGUUAUAUAUCACUUAGUGACGCAAAAAAAUAUUUACGUACAUUUGGACCAAUAAAAAGUGUAAAUUCAGAUACAAAUGAUAAUGAAGAAAAUUUUCUCUAUGUUGAAUUUGAAUCAGCUGCAUCAAGAAACAAAUUGUUAAAAGGAAAAAUAAAACAUCAUCGUAUACGGGAUCAUAUUUUGAAUAUUUUGCCUUUAUUAAGACCAACUGAUGUUAAUCUUCAUCAAAUGGAAGAACAAAACAUUUCCAAUAAGUCAACUGCAUUGGAUGAUCCAAGUACACUAAUUUAUUUAGAACUCGAAUAUAAUUUAAAAAUGCGUGAACAAUUCAGUUUCAUUGAUAAUGAAAUAUCAGAAUUGAUUAAACUAACAAGUCAGAAUUAUGAACAAAUGCGAACAAUGCUAAAAUAA